AUGAGCACUCCCAGCAAGUUACGCAUUCUUUGUCUCCAUGGCAUGGUACAAAACGGCACCAUUUUCAGGAAAAAGACAGCUGUAUUACGCAAAAAGCUCGACAAGAUUGCCGAUCUCGUCUAUGUCACAGGGCCUCAUCUUAUUACUGACCCAAAGUAUACGUCUGAAGCAGCUCGAGAAGCAGCAGCCGACCCUAAUGCUAGUGAAGAAUUGAAACCUUAUGGCUGGUGGUUCCCCAUUUCGUCCUAUCCUAAUACCGAGGAGGGAUAUUAUUCAGGGUUCAAGGAAUCUGUAGAGUAUCUCAAGGAUGUCCUGGUGAAAGAGGGUCCCUUUGAUGGUAUCUUUGGUUUCUCACAAGGUGCAUGUCUUGCUGCUGUCAUGGCCGAACUUUUGGAGAAUCGUUCAUUGAUGCCUCAUCUUGUUUCCCCUGAAUUUGAACAUCCGGCUUUUCGGUUUGCUAUUGUGGCUGCUGGUUUCAAGCCUGAAUCUCAAGAUGCUACACAGAGCCUUUUCAAGGGCAAAAUCAAGACACCAAGCAUGCAUCUCGUAGGCGAAGCUGAUACAUUGAUUGUACCCGAAAGAAUGUUGGCAUUGGCUGAUGUCUUUGAAGAUCCCGUCAUUUUCAAGCAUCCAGGAGGACAUCUUGUUCCAACAAAUGCUGCUAGUCGCAAUGAUAUUCUCGCCUUUGUUUCCAAAUUUUCCACAUAG